UUUAAGACAGAAAUGUUUUGAUGGUGUUAGCAGUAGAACUCAGUGUUUUGUUUUUGUUUCGACAUAUUGAAUCCUGUUGCCUACUUACCUACCUACCUAGGCUAGCCUAGCCUAGCUAUGCUAGGUAGAGCGACCUGCCCCAAGUUGCGUAGGCACCCCAGAGCCUGUUAACUGACGAGGUGGCAGAAUCAUGUUUACCCUAUUCUAUGGGCUGUACAAAUACUUGUUCAAGAAGGAUGAGUUCUUUGUGUUGAUUCUGGGGCUUGAUAACGCUGGAAAAACUACAUACUUGGAAGCUGCCAAAACAAAAUUUACAAGGGGCUAUAAGGGCCUCAGCCCUUCUAAAAUUACAACAACAGUGGGCCAGAAUGUUGGGGCAAUUACUUAUGCUGGAAUUAAACUAAGCUUUUGGGAUCUUGGAGGACAAGAAGAAUUACAGCCACUUUGGGAAAAGUAUUAUGCAGAAUGUCAUGCUGUAAUAUAUAUGGUGGACUCAGCAGAUCGGGAGCGAAUGGGUGAAUCAAAAGAAGCCUUUGACCGAAUGAUAUGCAGUGACAAUCUUUCCGGAAUUCCUCUUCUUGUCCUUGCAAACAAACAGGACCUUCAGGACUGCAUGGGUGUCAGGGAAGUAAAACCAAUAUUUAAUCAGUCAGCAGAUCUCAUUGGACGACGGGAUUGUAUGGUGAUGCCUGUAUCAGCUCUCACGGGAGCUGGAGUUGAUGAAGGCAUUGACUGGUUGGUGGAAUGUAUCAAAAGGAAUAGUGAUAUUAGACCACCACCCAACCACAACGAUACCUGAUGCCCUGUUCGCAUUAUAUCCGGUUUUCCUGCCAAAUAUGAUAGAGUACUGUCUCCAUUUCUUACUGAAUGGACUGCAGUAUUUAUAACUUAGCAUGAAGUUUUUAAUGUUCUGUAUAUGUAUGUAUAUAUGUGAUUGCAAAACAAAGAUACAUUUAUUAUAAAAAACUGGUAUUUACAGCAUUCUUCCUGUUAUUGAUCAGUCUAGCAUUAUCAAGGUAUCACAGAUCUGAAAUAAUUGAAAAAUGUUUUGUAAAUUUAUCCUUGUGAAUGUGAAUACUGCUAUGCUCACAAGUUGCAGUUUGGUGUUCCUGGAAGACUAAUGGUAAUAUAUUUUGGAUAUAUAUAUAUAUAUAAUAUGUGUGUCUAUAUCAGAGGUUUAGAGGUUUAAGCAAUUUGAUUUCAGUAAGGUAUGUUAACUGCAAGGAAAUAGCAAACAUUUUAGAAAUGUUGAAAUGUUGUAACAUACCUAGUGUACGUAUCAUGCUAUAAGCCCCUCUUUUGAUGUCAGAAAAAUUGCUCUAGGAAAUGCAGGUACUUACUGGUUUGCUUGAAAAAAUGUUUACUCCAGUAGUGUGCAUGGUGCACUUCCUGUAUUGUCUUCAGGUUCAUUGUGAAGUUAGAAAGUUAAGAAAAUUUCAUAUAUCAAAACAAAAAGUUUUCUGUGUUAGGUCAGAUUUUGAUAGGCUUUGUAAGAGUACAAUAGGAAACAGUAGAGAUAGCUCUGUAUUAUAUACAGGGUAAUUUUUUUAAUGAAAAUUCUAAAGAUAGUAGAUGUCAGGGACCUGAUGGAUAAUGUAUCCAGACUGUGACAUCAGGUGAUAUCAUCUACUGUUCUUAGCUGUUAGGUCCUUACAUAAUCAUUCAUGAGUAAACCAUUAUGAACUGCAACAUACUAAGUCCCUCACUUCUUUCAAAACCAAAUCAUGAAUUUUUGUUUUAUUUCUCUUUAGCCUUAAUUGAAUCAUCUUUACCUCACCUCCUAACAGUUUUCUAGAAGUCAUAGUAGAGUCUCCCGUAGGUAUCCUUGGGCAUCUAGUGCUUCCUACAGUAGAUAAUUAUAUUUGUGGAUAAGCCAGUAUACUGUUAAAUGUUGAACUUAUUAGAGAUAAUGUUUGAGAAUUGUAAGAAUCUACUGAAAUAAUCAAUAUUUGACAGUAUAUAAGGAGUAUGAAUUCUUAGUAAACUUGGAAAUUCAGUAAAGUUUCAGGAAUUUGUUGGUUAUGCCAUGUGUUACUUUACAGAGGUGUUAAUGUUAAUGUUGGUAGAGGGCCAAUGUUUAUUUUCUAAUGAAGGGUAACUUGCAAUAUUUAUUUUUGUAAAGGGUUGGUAUUCCAUGUUGAAAGCCUUUUCAGUAUUGACUAUUUAGCCAUCUGUUUUUGCAUGCCCGGUGAGCUCCUUCAUUCUUAUUUCUUGUAUAUAAUAUUAGUUAUAUUAUAUUAAGAAAAUUGUAAAUAAUGUGAGUAGAAUAUCUCUUGUAUAUUAUGUUAUUUGAUCUUUUUGUAUUGUAGGUUUAUGAUGAGGUACAAGGUAUUGAUUUUGUGUUGGAAAGAAAUAAAAUUGUUUCAGUUCUGCUUUGUAAUGAAAGUGAUUUUUAGAGUUGUAAGCUUUUGAAGUCAGUGUAAUCUUGUACAAUUUAAGUUGUGCUUAUAUAUCAUUUCUUAUGAAUGCAUUGUGAUUUAAGUUUGUACAAAAUGUGUGUCUGAAGUUUGGGAUAAGUGUCACAGGUAUUUUGAAAGACCACAUGCUUUUAAUUAUACUAAAAUUCAUCAUAAGCAAAUUUAUUGACGUAUUGCAUGGGAUUUUCUUAUUAAUGCUGUAUUGUUUUGAAGAAAAUACUUUGUAAAAGUGAAAGAACAAGGGAUUAGAUGUUAAAAGAAAGAUUAUUUAGAUUUGUUGUUUUUGUCCCAUUUUUGGGGGGACAGUGGCUAUUUUUAAGGGUAAAUCACUGAGUACAUAUGAAAUAAAACUUUUUGACAUCUUUC